UCAUACGUAGCUAUGGGCUGUCCAGAAAUUAUUCUUUUACUGCUCUUUUACUGUUUUUUACUGUUGAAUAUAAAUGGAAGCGUUGCUAACUUGGGAAGUAAAUGCCCCUUCAGAAUUCAUGAACGAAAUGAGGGGGAACUUGCCACAUAUGUGUCCUCAUCGGCAGCAGCUGCAUUUGCAGACGUUGGAUCAAGAUACUCUGCAGGAGAUGACAAGAAGUAUAACGAUAACCGAUUCUACAGUACGCUCGUCCCCACCAUGAACGAAAUACUACUCAGCUCAAAAUUGAAGGAGUCAUUUCAGUGCAUUACACCGCCUUCGGAUUGUGCAAGCGAUCCAAAAAAUUUUUACUAUCGAACGUUCGAUGGAUCCUGCAAUAAUUUCCAUACCCCUGAUUAUGGAAUGGCAACCUCUAGAUACUUGCGAAUGUUGGCGCCAAAAUACAGUGAUGGGGUUUCCUCUCCUACAGCGUCAGUCACAGGUUCAUCUCUACCAAAUGCACGUUUACUAUCAUUAUCUUUAUAUGGUGAGUCUUCCUUGCCAGACGACUACCGAACUAUGGCGUUUCUACAAUGGGGUCAAUUGGUAGCUCAUGACAUGACACAUUUCCUCAAGUCAAAUACCACAGAGGACUGCUGCCAACAGCCCGAAAGCAACAAUUGCUAUCCCAUUUUCCUUCAUCCUAGAGGACCGAUCUCCCAGAGUUUAUCGAAAAAAUGUUUGAAUUUCGUGCGAAGCGCUUCUGAUACAAAUACAGCAUGUCGAGAAAGUGGUGCAACGUACUCAGAGAAAAUUACGAUGACGUCAGCAUUUUUGGACUUAUCGUUCGCCUAUGGCAACUCAAUUAAUCAAAACAAAAACUUUAGAGUUUUCAAGAGUGGCCAACUGAAGACAAGUUUGGUAAACAAUCGUAAUUGGCUGCCGUUAUCCAUGGACCCAGAUUCCGAAUGUGGAGAGGAAAAUUAUCAGUGCUACACACUUCCAGACAUGCGUAACCAGUUUAUUCCCACAAUUGCUGUUUUGCACACAAUUAUAGUCCGCGAACACAAUCGAAUAGCUAGAAUUUUAGAAAAGUAUAAUCCUCAUUAUUCGGAUGAGCGCCUAUUCCAGGAAGCAAGGAAAAUAAAUAUAGCGCAAUACCAAAAAAUCACUUUUUACGAUUGGUUGCCACUACUUGUUGGACCUUCGUAUGCUUACAAUAAUAACAUAUUACAUCGUACUGCAACAAAUGAAUAUGUUUACGAUUACAAGCCAACCGUUAAUGCUGCACCUUAUGCCGAAUUUGCCGCAGCCGCUUUCCGAUAUUCACACAAUCAAAUACCUGGAUGGUUUUCAUUAGUCUCUUCAGGACGAAACUCCAAUCGAACCCUACGCUUAAGCAACCAUUUCGAGCGUCCUGAAAACUUGAAUUUGUUGUGGGACGGCGAUAAUUUUGACUCACUCAUCCGCGGCUUAACUACACAAUUACAAAAGCGGCCUGACAGCAAUAUUGACAAAGAGAUAAAACAUUAUUUUGAUCGAAAGAGCUUCGAAGAAUAUGGCUCAGACCUGAAAUCGAUUGAUAUACAGCGGGGUCGAGACUAUGGAUUACCUUCAUAUAAUGAUAUGCGAGUAUAUUGCGGACUGCCCAGAGCGGAGGAUUGGACAGGAUUUCUAAACGAAAUAUCGCAAGAAAAAAUAUCACUAAUGCAGAAGAUAUACGCAUCCCAUGAAGAUGUAGAUUUAUCUAUUGGAGGUUCAUUAGAGGCCCACUCGCCCGAAUCGAUUCUCGGACCCACAUUCCAAUGUAUAAUAGGACGGCAAUUUCUUAGAGCACGUACUGGUGAUCGUUUCUUCUUUGAGAAUUUCCAUCCAGUCAGUGGACUUACGAAAGCCCAAUUGGCUGAAAUACGUAAGGCUAGUUUAUCACAACUAUUUUGUAACAAUGCUGACUUCCUACGAGAUAUACAGACUAAUGCAUUCAUUUUCCCAAACAUAAGGAACGUACUGAGAGACUGCCAAACUCUUCCUCAAGUAAAUUUGUCCAAAUGGAAAACAACUUCGUAAUGACGUAUAAAAAAGUUGAAUAUGUUUCGCUUUAAAUUUACUGUCUGACGUGCGCAUGUAUAUUUGUAUAUAUUUUUAAUUUUAAAUUUUGUACAAUAAACUUGCACUAAUUGACCAUAAACGAAUUAUAAUUUUAGAA